AUGGGUCGCGAACUACAGAAGAAGAAGAAUAGAUCUUCGAUCUCGAAGAUCAAGCUGAAGCCGAAAUCGAAGAGAGUCAACCCCCUAGGUAAUCCUAUCAUUGCGGCGAAUUGGAAUCAAAGCGAAACCCUGACACAGAACUACAAGCGUCUCGGUCUCACUUCGCGCCUCAAUGCUGCGACGGGUGGCAUAGAGAAAUUACGUGCUGGAUCCGACUCCAAGAGCUCAACCACAAGCAAACUCGCCAUCUCGAACGCUAUCCCCAAAACCUUUACACCGACUGAGGCAAAGGUCGAGCGCGACCCCGAAACGGGAAAGAUCACACGAGUUAUCCAUGCAGCAUCGAGGCCAAAUCCCCUAAACGAUCCCCUAAACUCCGAAUCGGAGGAUGAGUCGAUGUUGGGGGACGACGGUGAAGACUUCGAGGGGUUUGACUCAAGAGGAGGGGAAAGGACCGAGACAAACCCUAUCGUGCAGCAACUAGAAGACAUGGCAGCUAGGGCGCCCGAGAAAACUCCUAGGAAGCAGAGUGAGCGGGAACGGGAAUGGAUCGAGAGGCUAGUGGGGAAGUAUGGAGAGGAUUGUAAGCGCAUGGCGCGAGACAUGAAGUUGAACCCGAUGCAACAGACCGAGGCGGACAUAAGAAAACGAGUGGAAAAAUGGAGAUCUUCCGGUGGUGCCGCCACUCAAGGCUGA